AUGACUCAGCGGUGGAUUAAAAGGGGGCUUACGAACGUUGGGAGAUGUUUCUUCCGUCAUGUGGGUCACCUUCACAGUUUACAACCACUGCAGGCCAUUGGAGUUGUAGAAAAGGUUUUCCCGCAGCGCGGCUAUGGUUUUCUGUUGAUGUUAUCCCCACCAGCCUCGUGGUUUCGAGCCUCCUUCACCGAUAAAUCAGGGACAUCUCAACUGCCCAUGGACGCGGCUGCGCCCCUCUCUCCCUCCAACGAGGAAUGUGUGAGCGUUUGGUUCCCAUUGACUUCGUCUGGCGGGACUGGUCCGCAAGUGAGCGAUGUUUGCAGAAAGGAGAAAUCAUCCAAUACUUUGAAAGUGUCACCGGGGUGUUAUGUAAAAUUCAGUGCCACUGCCCACUACGAUGAUGCGAAAGCGCUGUACGUGUGGCGGACCCGAGAGGUGGUGCCAUGCGAUCCGUUCGAAGAGUUGAAGGUGGUUUUACAACGUGCUCGUGACAGUCGUUGGGAUAAUAUAACUCUUGAAGAUGUGGAAAGGGACAAACGGCGUGUGGUUAAAUGGCACGCUCAGUCAUCGGCGCAGUUGGUAGAUGUUCAUGGAACGCAUGAAGGUAAUAAGGUCCAUCACAGCCCUCCAUGGAAUAUCAGUGAAACGCACCAGCAGUUUAUUGUUCGGCAAUCCGAUCUGCAGCGGCCGUUCGAUCAAUCGCUGUCCCAUAAGCUGGGACGCGGUGACGGGGGAGAUGAAGUGAUAACAGAGUUGGGAUCUUCCGGUCUGCGGUCUCAAGCAGAUGAAAACAGAAAACGGUGGGAGCGUGUUAUGCAGCUUCUAAAUGAGCAAAGUGAGUUUAGGUGUAGCACGGCGCAAGGAAUUUCAGGUGUUGAUGAUAAGUUGCAUGUUGGUGACGUUUCUCAGUCUCAUGCCCCACCAUAA